ACCACUCCCCCCCUAUAAUAAGGUUGCCUAGCUGCAUAUCUCGGCCAACCUCGUAAUAGGUACCUGUCAGAAAUUUUUGCGACUUCCCUGAGAAACGCGAUUACUGUGAAUUUCUUGUGAUUGGAGAGUUCUGCCUAAGGUUGUUCUUCCUGUUAACAACUUUCUAUAACAUUAUUACGAUAUAUUUCUACUACAUACAUAGGUAGGGAUCUGUUCUUCCACAAUUACGGAAAAAAAAAAACCUUGGCUAUAAGUUUUUAAGCAUCAUCCUUUUCAACUGCUCGAUGGAUCGCAACGUGUGACAUCACCAUUAGCACCGUCGCUACGAUGGCGCCGACAAGUUACCCCAAAUGCACGAAUGACGCCGAAGCUCGCAAGCCUGUAGCACUUGCGCCUGUGGCCAAACAUGCUUUGCAAAAGAAUACCCAUUCGCAGCGAAGUUCUUUGCGUAGAGCCGUUCGAGAAAGUCUGCUUGACUUAUCAGCCGUAGCAACUGUCACUACUCCUCCCCCUAGUUCUCGGGCACUAUUUCUCCCUUCGCCGUCAUCAGCACCAUCUACCUCAACAUCGCGCGUUAGCACCGCUACGCAGCGAAGCUCUUUGCGUCGAGCACUUAAAGAAAGCUUGCGUGAUGUGGCCGCUAUCAGUACCGUCGCCACGAUAACAACCACUCCCCCGCCAACCCUAUCGCCACCACCGCUAAUAACUCCUAAGUUCAAAAGCUCUGCUCCAUCGUCACUAUAUUCGCUAGAAAACACGCCGGAAACGCCUGUGUCACAUUCCUCGAUAUCACCGCUGAAUUCUACUGCCAGAUCAUCGCCUGAUUCGACUUCAACUCCCACUCCCACUUUCCUCUCUCCAUUGCAGAGUAACAGGAAGUCCACGAUAUUGCAGGAACAGCACCUAGGGCGGCUAGGAAGAAAGCUCGAGUGUUUAGAUACCAAGGAAAGCGACGGUCCAGGACACACCGGGACUGAUAACGGAGAUGAGCAAAGUGAACAUCCAGAAGUGGUGGACAAGACUGAUAUCAACGGCAUCCCUACAUCCCGCAAGGGCUGGUAUCGCGUACAGUCCAUCAUCGCUGAGGCUCACGACCGAAGCGGCCAUCUCAUCUACUUCGUCGACUGGGAGAGCCAUGACUCUCGCACUGGAAUCGGCUGGCCAGGAUCCUGGGUUAAUUCGAAGAAUGUCUCGAAAGCUGCAAUUCGUGAGUGGCAGGACAAGCGGAUCAAAUAGGAUCCUUAUAAGAAGAUGGUCUUAUAAUGACUAGGAAGCAAGAAGAGCGAGGGGACAAACCAAUGCGGUAGCCUACUUGCACUAUCACCAAACAAUGCCCGCUUCGAUUAUGCUAUCCGUAUCUUGCUUACUAGCCAACCAUCGAAGCCUGAACCCGAGAUACAAUGAGAGGGAGGAUUUAUCAAGACGAAAUUUUACUACGUAUCUCCGAGUAGCCAGAAACUUUGCAUUUCUUAGUCGAACGGACUAAAUCAGUUAGCAUACAAGAUACUGCUAACGCAUGUAAGAUCAUGUAUAUAAAAAGGACCAGGAGAAAUAUUCGCCGAUAAACUGGCAAAAUUAUUAAA